GGAUCUACCGAAUACUCGUAUCGAGUAACGGUCGGUUUUUGACCACAAUAUUCCCCUAUCAUAAGGAACUAGGUCUCUUGGUAAUUACGUUUUUUAUAUGCGUUUUCAUGAGCUACAAAAAUCUACUUGACAUUGGCUUUUUCCGAAUUUCUAUUUAUUUUCUUGCUCCUCGUUGCAAUGAGAUAUUUGUACCUGCAUCCAUUUCUUCUCAUUUAUAAGGAGCACUGCAAGCCUCUACUCACGCUACCAUGUCGUUCAAUUCUUCCGCAGCACUAGCAUGCUCGUCUCUACCUGCACCAAAUGUCUUUGGGGCCGAGAUCUUAUCUUUUGAGGCCAACCAAGUCACUAAUUACACUCGCUCUAUCGGGAUGGGUCUAUAUUUGAAUCAUGGAGCUGUCGAUAUUCAAGCAGCCAGCUUUUGCAAUGUUUCUGUAGCUUAUACUCAUCCCGGUACUAAUGAUACAGUCAAUGUACAAGUCUACUUGCCAUCUACAGAAUGGAACGGUCGAAUGCAAGCCAUUGGAGGCAACGGCUGGCAGGCUGGCCUGAACUACGUGUCCUCAGCGGGCAUGGCAGCAGCAAUGGGCGAAGGCUAUGUAUCUUUGUCUACUGAUGCUGGUCUUGGAACUGCUGAUGACGCCUCUUGGGGUCUUCUAAGUCCGGGAAACCCUAAUCGUUAUCUUAUGCAAAACCUUGCGUCAACAUCUCUCAACGACCUUUCAAUCAUUGGGAAGAACCUCACGAAUAGUUAUUAUGGUACACCUCCGGUUUAUUCGUACUGGACGGGCUGCUCUCAAGGCGGCCGUCAAGGCAUGAUGCUUGCCCAAAGAUUUCCUGAGGCUUUUGACGGAAUCGUAGCUUCUGCGCCAGCCAUCAAUUGGAGUAAGAUGUUUGUGGCAGAUUUAUGGGCUGCAGUCGUAAUGAAUACCAUGAAUAUCUACCCCCGCAUGUGCGAGAUGCAAGCGAUUACAAAAGCAGCCAUUACAGCUUGUGAUGGUAAUGACGGCCUUGUCGAUGGAAUCAUCGCAGAUCCUGAUUCCUGCGAUUUUGAUCCAACAACUUUAAUCGGCACCACCAUUAACUGCACUGAAACCGGUAAAAAUUUCACCAUUUCUUCUGGAGCUGCCUAUCUUACCCAGGCUAUGUGGGAUGGUCCUAAAAAGUCAGACAACAGUUCUCUUUGGUUUGGUUCAAAGAUAGGUACUGCUUUAUCAACCACCGAUACCUCUGCAGGAGGAUCACUUGCUCUUACGACAUGUUCAGAUAACGGAACUUGUACGGCAGAUCCAAUAUCUCUUCUAACCCCAUGGAUAGCAAAGUUUGUUCGCAAAGACGACAACGCCGACGUCUCGAACCUAACGCGCAAGGAAUUUGACCAUCUUUACCAUGCUUCCGUAAAUGAGUGGUCCUCUAUCAUAGAUACUAAUGAUCCAGAUCUUUCGGAAUUCCGUGAUCGUGGAGGAAAGCUUCUCAGUUACCACGGACUGGCUGAUGGUAUUAUCACUCCCAACUCAACCAUGAGCUACUACGAUUCCGUCACCGCGCUCGACCCAACAGUACACGAUUAUUAUAGAUUGUUUAUGUCUCCAGGUCUCGGUCACUGCCUUGGUGGAAGCGGUGCUUACCCAUCCGACACUUUUGAUACCAUGCGCGCUUGGGUAGAGAACGGUACUAUCCCAGAUACUAUGAACGCUACCUUCCCUUCCAAUACGGCUGUAAAGCGUACUCUCUGUCCAUAUCCGCUUAAGCAAACACACGAUGGUGUUGGAAAUACUACUGCGAACGAGGGGUUCUCAUGCCAGUAAAUCCUACAAGGUGUCAGGUCGUGUUGUUUUCUUUUCUGGGAUAUAUUUCAUUAAUAAUUUCAUUUCAAUCUAAUUAUUUUCAACGCUUAGCUAUACUUCGAAGUUGGCUUCUAGAACUUUUAUCUUCUCACAUAAAUGUAUUAUUGAGAGAAACUUAGGUAGCUAUAGAAUGUAAAAUCCAAUUUCA